AUGGCAUUGGAAGAUAUCUGUGACACUCCUUUGCAUCGCAAGUGCUUUCCUGCCUCUCAUUUUGAGGACACAGCCACCUCUUUCGACUGUUACAGCGCAGAAUUGAGGGGACUGAAGAAAUCUGGGAGAGACAGUGGGAUCCCGCUGCAAUUCUUUUUACCAUCUUUGCCAAACUCUGCCCCUUUCAACCACAGAUCUACAUCCCCUUUUUCACCAUCCAAACAUUCAGUGACGGUCCGCAGGCCUUUCCCUCUGUCUCAUGGAACAACAACCUUGGGUUUCAUCUUCCAAGGUGGGGUCAUCGCAGCUGCAGACACACGUGCCAGUGCCGGGGGAUUGGUUGCCUGUCCAGCUGUUCACAAAAUUACCCCUAUUCACUCCCAUUUAGUGGUCACCUCCUCUGGGAGCGGUGCAGACUGCAUGCUGUGGGAGCGAAUACUGGCCAGAGAGAUCAGACUCUACGAACUCCGGCACAGGCGUUGCCUUUCAAUAUGUGGCACUGCCAAGCUCCUCUCAUUCAUGCUUCACCCCUUUAAAGGGACUGAUGUGUGUGUGGCUCUUACACUGUGUGGCUGGGAUAAAGAAGCAGGCAACACUGACUCAUCCUUUAUUACUGACAAUAGCUCCUCUGCUGGUUUUAGUAGCCAAGAUGUUUCUGCAAUGGCGUAUCCUUCAUCCCCUAACAGGGGCCCAAAGCUGAUUUAUGUGUGCAGCGAUGGUGCCCGACUGCAGGGGGACGUUUUUUCUGUGGGCUCAGGCUCUCCCUACGCUUAUGGAGUCCUGGAUGGAAGGCUGAGGUGGAACCUGAGCAAAGAAGAGGCUGUCUCCUUGGCAAGAGAAGCAGUGUUCAGAGCCACUCACAGGGACGCCUACUCAGGAAACAACGUGGACCUGUUCCACAUCACAGCCCAGGGAUGGAGCCGAAGAAAGAGAGAGGAGCUGAAAGAGGAAUAUUAUAGAGACAUGGAGAGGAGAACGAAGACAGUGGGGGAAAGAAAAAGAGAGACUGUAUUGGAUGCUUUGGGAUGA